UCGACCACGUUAUAGUCGAAUUGCAAGACAUCGCGCAACGGACUUUCUUCGAACCUCCUCCUUUGGCCGCUCAAGUGCAGCAAAAUGCGUGAGUGUAUCUCUAUCCACGUUGGUCAAGCUGGCGUCCAGAUCGGCAAUGCAUGCUGGGAGCUGUACUGUCUGGAGCACGGCAUCCAGCCGGACGGACAGAUGCCCAGCGACAAGACAAUCGGGGGCGGGGAUGACUCCUUCAACACCUUCUUCAGCGAGACUGGAGCUGGCAAACACGUCCCCAGAGCUGUCUUUGUGGAUCUGGAGCCCACCGUCAUCGAUGAGGUGCGCUCUGGAACCUACCGCCAGCUCUUCCACCCCGAGCAGCUGAUCACCGGCAAGGAGGACGCCGCCAACAACUACGCCCGCGGACACUACACCAUCGGCAAGGAGAUCAUUGACCUGGUGCUGGACAGGAUCCGCAAACUGGCCGACCAGUGCACUGGCCUCCAGGGCUUCUUGGUGUUCCACAGCUUCGGAGGUGGUACCGGCUCCGGUUUCACCUCUCUGCUGAUGGAGCGCCUGUCUGUCGACUACGGCAAGAAGUCCAAGCUGGAGUUCUCCAUCUACCCGGCUCCCCAGGUGUCCACCGCUGUGGUGGAGCCCUACAACUCCAUCCUGACCACUCACACCACCCUCGAGCACUCAGACUGCGCCUUCAUGGUGGACAACGAGGCCAUCUACGACAUCUGCCGCAGGAACCUCGACAUCGAGCGUCCUUCUUACACCAACCUGAACAGGCUGAUCGGUCAGAUCGUAUCCUCCAUCACUGCUUCACUCCGGUUCGAUGGUGCCCUCAAUGUUGAUCUGACAGAGUUCCAGACCAACUUGGUGCCCUACCCCCGUAUCCACUUCCCCCUGGCCACCUACGCCCCCGUCAUCUCCGCUGAGAAGGCGUACCAUGAGCAGCUCUCUGUGUCAGAAAUCACCAACGCCUGCUUUGAGCCUGCCAACCAGAUGGUCAAAUGUGACCCUCGCCACGGCAAGUACAUGGCCUGUUGCCUCCUGUACCGUGGCGACGUGGUGCCCAAAGAUGUCAACGCCGCCAUUGCCGCCAUCAAAACCAAGCGUAGCAUCCAGUUUGUGGACUGGUGCCCCACUGGUUUCAAGGUGGGCAUCAACUACCAGCCUCCCACCGUGGUUCCAGGCGGAGACCUGGCCAAGGUCCAGAGGGCCGUGUGCAUGCUGAGCAACACCACUGCCAUCGCAGAAGCCUGGGCCCGCCUCGACCACAAGUUUGACCUGAUGUACGCCAAGCGCGCCUUCGUGCACUGGUACGUGGGCGAGGGCAUGGAGGAGGGAGAGUUCUCAGAGGCCAGAGAAGACAUGGCGGCUCUGGAGAAGGAUUACGAGGAGGUUGGCGUUGACUCCGUUGAGGGUGAAGGAGAGGAGGAAGGAGAAGAAUAUUAAGGCACUUGAUUGAUAAAGAGGACAUUUGUUCUCUAAAGCAUUCCAAUUUUGUGGGUCAGUUGGAAGUAUGAAUAAAAUGGCAUGUGAAGCUG